GUCGCUGCGGUUAUUCUAGGACCUCUCCGUCUCUUUGCUGUCGCGUUCACGCUCCUUUGCAGACUCUCGUUUACUCGCAGGAUUUUUUUGAGUGUGCUUUCAUUCCUUCAAGCGCAAUCGGCCGUCCAGGCACGUCCAGCACAAUCAGACUGUCAUUUCCCGGGAUCUGUUCUGUCUUCAGAGGCACAGAAUCCGAGGGUAAAGGAAAACACGCCAGAUUGUUGAGGGUAUACCGACCGGUGGGCAGAACUUUCUGACUGAGGGGUUUUUGGCAGACGCGGUAUGUUUGCUACCGCCCCUGUGUAUCCAAGUUUCCCAUAGUCUUCCAUAUCCUAUCCAUGCAGACCCAAUGGCCACCGGAGCAGAACCAGAGUACACGCCACCGUUCUGCGGCAUCUCUCACCACCAAUGCCUCAGGCAUAGCAGACAGCACCCUCAGCUUUGCCUCGUACGCUACUGGCGAGGAACCUCUCCGCCUUUCUCAGUUCCCUCGACCACCCUCUGAAGUGCCGUCUUCCGUACCCCCCUCUCCCGGCGGGACUCUCCGUACAAUCACGCCAAUCCCUCGGGUUCGUGCCCUCGACAUGCCCUCCGUUCGCCCUCUUGCUUUGCGCAGGAAUGGGAGUGUCGACACCGAUUCGGUCAUAGCUGGCCCGCCUAGUUAUGACUUGCAUCAACGAGACCCACAACUUGUUCCUUCCCAACCUCAGAGCCCUCCCACUGGCCGACCCUCGCGACGACUUCCUGUACCUCCUAGUCCCACACCCUCCCGCGCCCUGUCUCCGCGUUGGCAUGACGGUUCAUCUGCCAUCGUUGUUGACUCGAAUGAGGAAAGAUUGCUUUCCACCUCGAUGAUCACGCAUUUACUAUCGGAGACAGAGUCGUCAUCAUCCUCAGAUAGCGCCAUUGAUAUUCCCUAUGAUGUGCGACCUCCGAGAGGCACAUCCACACCUUCUUCUCCUCUGCGCGGCGAUAACACAAGUGGUAUGAGCGGGGAUUCUGAGAUGACGUAUCCACCGCCCCGGCGGCAAGCUGCGUUCCCUGUGGGCAUGUCACAGCCGAGAAUGGUCAGUCUGUCCGGCGCUGGACAGAGCUCGCAGGUAUUCCCUCCUGCUGUACCGGGGUCAGGACUAUCCGCAUUAGAUGCUAGCUAUAUCGCUGGUGUCCCGCCACACUCUCCAAAUCACCCGGGACGUGCUUUAUCCCCACAUGGACCGGAAUCAAUCCUCAGCAGUGCAAUCGGAGGAACCGUUUCAGAGUCUAACCAGUCGAUGACAAGCAGUACAGUUCCUUUAAACCCUGGAAUGGGCCGUAUGACAAGCAGAGGUACCGAUUACGACAGCGAUAGACUUGAUCUCCCGGAAGAUAUCGCAGGACCGUCGUCAAUGCGGUACAGCCCGGCUUUGCCGUCGACCGCGGGUAUUCGCAACGGUUUUAGGUCCGGCCACUCUCGUCGACAGUCUUUUCAUUCAACCAGGACCACGAAGAGUUACGUUUCAUCUCUGGUCAGUAAGAUAACGUCGUCGUCCGGAGCCAAGUCAUUUAAACCGCCAUGGCGGAGGGCGAAACCUCUGCCGCCGGUCCCUACAAUACCUGAUUACACCAUCGCGCAGGAGCGGGAGUGGAGGCGAAUAGAGGAGUCGCUGCCUUUGCCCGAGUUAGUCAAUCGCGCCGGUGCACUCUCUACAAUGCUGGAGAAGGGCCAUUAUCCUCAUCGAAGCGCGUCGACGCUCCCUGCAGCGACCGGGCAGAAGGAGGACGACUCCGUGCGACCGACAGCUGGCGACUUGGCCAUCGGGCAGCACAUCGACGAUGCAGGUACAGGUGCUCGCGCUACGGGAUUCUGGCAUAUGAACCGCAGUAAGAAGCAUCAGCGGAAUCGGACGGUUGACCAGGCGCAGUUGCAUAGCUCUAUGGACAGUCCUACCAGGUUGAAGAGUAUGCGGACUCCGAAGAAGACUAGAUUACGACUGCUAAUCGCGGGAGCGCUGCUUCUCGUUAUUAUAGUAGUCGUAGGUACGGUAGCUGGAGUCGUGUCGCGCCAGAAGUCAUCCGCCCAUAGUUGCCCUGGCAAUUUCACUGGGAAUAGUUGUCAGCUGGAUGCGACGUGCGUCUGCACAUCCAGCCAGUCGAGGUCAUGUAAUCCGCUUGCGCAAGCCUUUGUCUCGCUUAUUCCCGUGCUUGAGAACAACUUCGAAGCGAGCUACUCUCCGGGUUCUCUCUACACGGCUGUAUGGCAGACUCAGGGCGACCCCACCGGGUCGAACUGCGCACAGCAGGCCGUCCUAGUCGACGUCAGUCCGGCGCUCGAUGCGCGAAAGACGCCGAACCGGACGCAGUGGGCGCAAGCGGCAUUGUUAUGGACGCUCGUCGAGUCUCAGAACCUGACUGCCGUCAGCUCCAUGCGCAAGUUCAUUCAGGGUGCUAACUGGGGUGCGGUCGGCGAUGGUGACGGUCCAGUCUCAAAUGCGUCAUCGACGUUAUCUACCAAGAUCUCGGGGUAUGUCUAUGACUUCGCUGCGCAGACAGUGACACCUCCUACUGCGUCUUUCGUGGAUAUUGGGCAACCAACCAGCGAUCAAAUUUCCCGCCUAAGCCCCGCAUCUCAUGCUGCCUUGGAUAGGAUGUACAGCUAUGCAGUCGCUUCUUCCACUCAGCACCAGAAAGCCCUUAAUAACUACUGGCAGAAUGUCCUGCAGAGGAGAGCAUCUGAUUUGUCUCCCUUCGUCUCAGCUUUCAUCUCCCGACCCAUUAUGCUUCCUUUCGACGCAUCAGCUUCACCAGGUUCUCAGCCCUUUGCCGAUCUGCUCAAUGCUACGUCCGGUGACUCGUUCCCUCCACCGUUGGCAUGCUACCCUGGGCUGAGCUCGUCUCAGCUGCAGGGUAUAGGUGCUAUUGAGACAUCUGUUUUCGGCUUGCCAUCGCCGUCGCCGGCCUCUCGCUUUGACUCUUCGUGCUAUCCCGAUAGGCCAGUGUAUGGUGUUCUGGAUGUGCUGCGGCUACGUCUACCGUUUCUCGACACGCGAACGGGGGUGGCCAGACAGGCGGCUAUUCUCGAGACUGAGCCGCUACCGAGAGCUGUAUUCCAUAACGGAGAAGUCCUCAGCUCAUUGCCAGGUUCGACAGAUGCUCUCAAUAUCUCCAAAACGACCACCGACCCUCGUCAUUACGGGACGGUGUACAAUAUGAAUCACGUCGUAUUGGAUUAUUUAUCGUCAAUACCGAACGUUGCUGUUGCAAACAACCUUGUCGACUUCGUCUUGCAAAAUUCGGCUGUCCCUCCACCUAAUUCGAGCUUACUAUAUCAAUCGCUAUCCACGAUUCCGACGGUUGAGGUGGCCGUGUUCGGUCGUAUAAAUCCAUCUCCAGACAUAUCCUCUUCCGCUUCCUCCCUCUCCACUCCUCUGGGUGCGCUGUUCUUUGGUUCCGACCAAGGUGCAGCCCUGCGGAACUGGGCUCUGAAUACCACCCGCGUACCUAUCACAUGGUCUGACUCCGCCACAGCGUCGCAGGCGGUCUGCGACAACUCACUAUCUGAUCCUAACUUUUUAUCGAUUUGGUCGCCCGCGUCACUAUUCUUGCAUGCCCAGAAUCCCAGUGCACAAGUCAAUGUGAACAAUAUAACCACGGCAUUCCUCGACGCGGGGCUACUCAAACCUGCGGGGCAAUGCACAAUAUCCUGAACACCUUCUAGCGCGUGUUGUAUUAUUUCCAGACUGCUUUCAAUACUUACGGUACUGUAGUAAUGGGCUUGAUGCCUGCUCGCUUCGUUUUCGCAUUUCUUUGCUGUCUAGACGGACGCUAUCAGGGUCAUUCUGUCGGGCACUUAGACUCUAGGUAGUCUUCUACUUAAGCUUAGCCCUUUAGCCUCGUUUUAAUGCUGGUCUCAGGAAAGCAGACCAGUAUCCAUGAAACCAUACCAUACGUGCCU